UGAACAAUUCCAGUUGGGCGGCUUUGAGCUCAUUUGCUCCACCGGCCAUGGCGAUGUGUCAAGUCAUGGGCUACAGCGGCUACGGAACGCCAGUGAGGCAAUCCACUAUGCUGACCAUGCCGCAGGCUGCCACGGUGAGCAGGUAGGGGCCAAGUUGUGGUUGAUUCGCCGCACACAGUGGGAAGCGCUUGCAUGCUGUUUUUUUGCUUCCGGAACGUCGAUAGUUAGCUUUUUAAGUACAAUUUGCCAGCGACCACACAAACCUUGCACUCUCCUGGCUAGUACCAGCGAAGUGGCUACAAGGGUCGUGGCAUCGUGGCACUACUGCAAGUGGCAUCAUGACUACCUACUAGUGAUGGCCUCCAACCUAGAAGCGUCUUUCGUUGAUGACUGAACAUGGGGUGGUUGUUCUGUGGCAUAGUUCACUCCACGUCUCUUUGGCCCAGUUUGCAGAGUGUGCCUGGAGUACCUCCGGUACAACUGGCGUCCUGCGGCCGAGUUCUUCUCUCCGCACCGGUGGCCAUUUCAGAGCUCCGAGCUCGGAGCGGCGACAGCUCAGGCCAUUUCCAAGUGGAUGCUUGGAGGCUGGACCCCUGGGCUGGAUGCUUUCCUGGCAGCUGAUCAGCAUCGCACUUUGAGCUUGGGAGAAAGCAGAAUAAAGCAGAUAGGCAAGAGCUGGCUGCUUCAGAAGCAGCUCCAGAGCGAACACAUGGAGUCCAAACAAGCAUCUCCGAUUCCGCACCUGAAGACUGGCGCUAAAACGCGCCUCCAGGCCACCAGAUCUUUCAGCCUGGAUCUCAAUGGAUUUUCACCCCCUAGUAGGCAACCUCUCUGGUGACUGCCAACUCCGAUUUGCUGUAACAAAACUCUGCUUGCGCGCUACAUAUGAUCUUGAAUACGCUUUUGAUCGCUUUUGUAUUUUUUCAACUAGACCCCUUUUGACCAAUAUUUUGUGGCGCUAACACUAGCACCACUCCCAGUGGUUGCUCAUUGCUACAAUCAGUUGGCCACCUCAGGCGCUGAUUUUAUGAGCCUCAACCCAAUCUCCAUAUCAGGCCCUCGAGCAGCUCCUGCUCCUAUGGGUGCUCGCCAGGUGAUGCAGAUGCCAGUGAGGCAAUGCUCUACCGCAAGCUUAGGCAGCGGCAAGGUCACAGGCCCCAACACGCCAAUCCACACGGGUCGAGGUUUGCGACCGGCAGGGGUCGCGCCGCCUCCAGCACCACCUUUGUUGGCUGCACAGGCCCUGGAGAUUGACCACCUGAAAAAGGAGCUCGAGGAGUCGCGAUCCAAUGAAAGGCGCUUGCAAGAGGAGCUGGAGGCAGCCAAGGCCGAGGUCCAGCGCCUAGCAGAGGCCUUGGAGCAGGAGAAACAACUCCGAAUGGAAAUGGAUGUGCCGCGUGAGGUCCCGAAGGCCACGAAAGGAGGAGAGCCAGUUCGCAUGAAGUCAGAUUCCUUGAAGCGGCGUGUGGCCGAGCAUCUCGAAUCAGAGCCGGACAUCUUGAAAGCUCCGCUGAGCCAGCGAGCAGGUUUGAAGCGAGGAAUGUCUCCCAUCAUCCGACGGCCAAGCAGAGACGAGGUGGAAGAGAAGCUCAGCGAAUAUUUGGCGACAUCACCACAUUGCAAGUUGGAGUUCUGUCGGUUGAACCAGGGCUGGUACCAGUAUCGGCAUGCUACUGACAGCUCUGUGCCACAGAAGUGCAUUGAGAUGUCCGUGGUCAAUGGCAAGCUGAUGGUGAAGCUGGAGCCGACCUCUCACGACCGCGGCUGGAACAAUGGCAAAGUGGGCCCCAUCGAUCGAUUUGUUAGUCAGUUUUCAUAGGCGUCCGCCAAUUCGUGUGGCCUUCCGGGAUCCGACGAGAUUCUACUGGCGUCUUGAAAGAUAUAAUCGUG